AUGGGCGAAGACAUCCAACCUCCUCCACCGCCUCGGACCGGAAGCGCCGCUGCCACUGCGGCCACCAGCAACUCGUCUGCCCUCGACUCCGGGCGUAAUGCUAUGGAGCGUGCGAGUGGGACUUCUCUUCGCGCCUCGAUGGCCUUGCCGGCGACCGAUUCUCCCAAUGGGAAGGACGUCGCCGUUCGCGCCGUGACACCCGAUAAGGACGCACUCCUUGGGACGUCUGAGGAGAGUACAUACGUGCUGCGAGGGGUCACUUCGCAGGAGACAUCGCCUCGUUCAAUACCGGGCGACAAUAGACGGAGAGGCAUGGUGUUCAACGAUUCAUUCGGAGAAGACUACGACGAGACCGAGGGCGGGAGCCCACCCUUACCGAACCGUUUGACGAGUGGAGGAGGCGUACGGCCGCGCACUCGAACAAUGGACACCGCCAUGCUCACGGGCCAGAGGGCUGCCCCGCCAGGUGCGGUAGCAGAGACCAGGCACCGGGUGGGCAGCGUGAGUUCGGGCGACGACCAGCGACAACCAGCCGGCGGUCUCGAGUCAACUGGAUUUCCAACAAUCAUGGCUGGCCGCGGUUAUGAGCCGAGCCCCACGAGCGCGAGUCCGAGCAUCACAACAACGAUUACCAAAAGCGAGAAGAAGGGCUCCAGCCGGCGAUUGAUCAAACGGCAGUCCUCACGACCGACCUCCCCGCGCGUCUCCCAUCCCCCUUCGGUCGAUUGCCUGCCGUUCACCGUACCUACCGACAGCCCUUGCAAGGUCCUUGCGCUGAUGAAGAUGCUGUGCGGUAAAAUGAAGGGCGACGUUGAGUACCAAGGCGAGAUGGGAGGGCCCUGGCAUUCGGGUGUGGCAUACAUUGAUGAGGAGAGGAGCUGCCUCAUGUUCGACUCGGGGCAGAGCGGGCCCUUUCAUAUCCCUCUGGUGGCGGAUCUGCGAGGAUGCCGAGUGCUGCCUGUGGAUUAUCCCGAUGCGAACAAACACUGCUUGGAAUUGGUGUCGUCAAAUCCCAUCAUCGAGGUGCUGAUUCACCCUUUAAUACCGGAGGAUUUUGACUUCUGGUUGGCCGCCUUGUUGACGUGGCAGCAGUUGCGGCCCAUCGCGUUAAAGCUGACAAGCCAGAGGACAGCAAGCCCCGUUAGCCCUGUGAGGCCAGAGCUCGUCAGGAGGGCUCUGUCGUCGGAAAACGCAAAACACAGCAACGCGAUCAAGGUGGGUAAUCUACUUGUCUGGGAUAAGGGCCCAGCGCAAAACGCAAGGGACAUAUUGCACCGUCCAUCCGCGAGAGGAUCACAACGCGCAGUGGCUUCCUGGCGAAGGGUGUCUGUCAUCCUGCAGGACAAUGGCGAGUUCAAGCUCAUUGCCGAGAACGACGGCACGAUCAUAGCCGUGCUGGAUAUGGCCCAGCUCUCACGGAACGCGAUACAGCAAUUAGAUCGGACGGUCCUAGACGAGGAGUACUGCAUCGCCAUUUUCCCCAUGUACGCCUCCACUGCGCGUACGUUCAGUCUCUACCGACCCGUGUACGUGGCGUUGGAUUCGCGAAUACACUUUGAAGUUCUUUUCGCUCUCCUGAGAGCUUUCGCGGUGCCGGACGUGUAUAAAGUAGACAACCCGGAAAGCACUCAAGUACAGGCUAUCGACGAUGUGGAGAAGGUUUACAAGGGCGAGGUGUUUCGUGUCGAGAAGACGAUCCUGGUCAGAGUCACCGAAGCCAAAAUGAAACCGCCAUCUUCACCGGCCAAUGCUGCGACCAUGGAGAAGGCUAUUAAAGCAGAAGCAUCAGACCCCACAGGAAACUACCUGGCAGAGGUGAUUCUAGAUGGUGAGGUCAGGGCAAGAACGACAACAAAGAUGGCGACUAAGAAGCCAUUCUGGAGAGAGGACUGCGAGUUCACCGAUCUGCCCUCCUCCAUGCCUCGGUUGUCAGUGGUGUUGAAACGGGUGGAGGAUGGGCCUUCAACGCCAGGGCCGUCCCCUAUCUCAGCCCACCAGAAGGCAGCCGGCCAGGUCGAGACCAUUGUCGGCACAGUUGAGCUCCCUCUGGUUGCCACAACAGCCGGCAUCCGCGAGCACGAGGAUUGGCUGCCGAUAUUAGAUGAGAACGACGAACCGAUCGGGACCAUGCUCAUCAAGGUUGUCCACGAGGAGCACAUUGUGCUGCUAGCCAGAGAGUACCAGGCCCUUGCGGACAUGCUGCAUAACCUCAAUUCGGGGAUCACGACGCUGAUCUCGACGGCUCUUCCGGGGCAACUGCGUCGGCUGGCCGAGUUGUUUCUGAAUAUCUUUCAGGUCUCUGGUAUAGCGAGCGAGUGGCUCAUGGCACUGGUCGAAGAUGAGAUUGACGGCAUCGGCAAUCAGUCGACACUGAAAAAGUAUCGCUUCAACAACCGUCUGAAAUCCAACGAGUCUGCCGAUUCGGCACCGGAUCGCGAGCUCAUGGUGCGAGACAUGAGCAAGUCCCUGGCUGGCGAGGCCAACCUGCUAUUUCGCGGGAAUACAUUGCUCACCCAAGCACUGGAGCUGCACAUGCGGCGACUGGGCAAGGAGUUUCUCGUGGAGACGUUGCGAGACAAGAUCUUUGAGAUCAACGAGCUGGAUCCUGAUUGCGAGGUGGACCCGAGCAAGAUCUCGAAAGAGAAUGGUGAACUGGAGCCUCAUUGGAACAAGCUCAUUGACCUGACCACCAGCGUAUGGCACUGCAUUGCUGCGUCAGCCGGGAAGCUCAACCCCGAACUAAGGAGUAUCCUCAAGUACGUUCGUGCGGUGGCCGAGGACCGCUACGGGGAUUUCAUGCGGCCGGUCGCCUAUACUGCCGUUUCCGGCUUCCUCUUCCUACGCUUCAUCUGCCCUGCCAUCUUAUCGCCGAAACUAUUCGGCUUGUUGCGCGACCACCCCAGGCCGCGGGCGCAGAGGACGUUUACACUCAUUGCCAAGGCACUGCAGAAACUGGCCAACCUGUCAACAUUCGGCAAGCGCGAGGAAUGGAUGGAGCCUAUGAACCGCUUCCUCAGCGCUCAGCGCAAUGUGUUUAGGGUUUACAUCGACCGGGUGUGCGAUCUGCCCGCCGACAGGUCAACGCGCACGUUGCAUGCAAGUUACAGCACGCCGAUCACGAUCCUGAGCCGACUCAGCCCGACGGCGCGCGAGGGUUUCCCCAGCAUGCCUUUCCUCAUUGACCAGUCACGCAACUACGCGAGCCUUGUCAAGCUAUGGGUCGACCUAAAGCCGACGGACGGGGCGAAGCUGCCGAUUGAAGGCGACCUGCUCAUCUUCAGCGAAUUGUGCACGGCUCUGCAGCAGCGGGCCGACGCCUGCCUCGCGCGCCACGAGGCUCUGACCCAGGUGGACCCGUCGACGACGACCACGUUUGCCGCCGACGAGCUCGCCGAUUUGCUCGAGCAAGCCUCCCUGAUCGAAUCGCAGAGCUACUCGUACUCCGCGUGGGGCAACGAGCACUCGGCAGCUGAUCUGCUGUAUCCGCCCGGCUCGUCAGGUAGCGAGGCACCCGAUGACGCGCAGCCCAGGAUAGGGAAGCGCAAGAGCAAGGACGUGAAACGGGGCCGCGGAGCACACGAUUCCAGCGGCAAGGGAAACAGCCUGCGCCACGGCAGCGGUACUGCCAGGGCGAAAAAUGGCAAGAUUGGGCGGACGAUUCUGGGCGGUAUCAUGAGGAUCGGUGGGCGAGCGGAGAGCCCCGACGCGAAGGAGAAGGACAAAGACAAAGACAAAGACAAAGAUAAAGACAAGGACAAGGACAAGGACAAGAGGUGA